CCUGCACAGACUCUCCUCGAUGCCAGUCGGAGGCUAAAGGCAGAGGCUGCGCUGGACACUCAAGGCUCUUGUGAUAGCAGGCUGCUGGGAAGGCAUACAAGGAUGCCUAGCUCUCUCUUGGACUUCGAGAGCCAGACACAGAAGUCUUCCAUGGCUCCUUAUCAAAUCCAUGAAUACCAGGAAAAUGAUCGCGAAGGGGUCAUGGGCUUGUUCUCCAAGGCGAUGACUGAGCACAUUCCCACCACCUUCCUCCACCUCCUGAAGCUGCCCCAAACCCUUGUGCUUUUGUUUGGGGGGCCUCUUGCCGUAUUCUUGGUCUCUGGCUCCUGGGUCCUGGCCUUCCUGGCCAGCCUUGCCCUCCUUGCUGCCCUGACGUUUCUUGCCAAAUACCUCUGGACUCAGUUUGAAGUCAUGUAUUUGCACACAGACAUGUCUGACAUCACCAAAUCCUACUUCAGUGAGAGUGGCUCCUGCUUCUGGGUGGCUGAGUCUGAGAGGCAGGUGGUGGGCAUGGUGGGAGGGCUGCCCGUUAAGCCCACCCUGCAGAAAAAGCAGUUGCAGCUACUUCAUCUAUGUGUGGCCCUGGAGCACCGUGGUCAGGGGAUAGCAAAAGCCCUGGUCAGGACUGUCCUCAAGUUUGCACGGGACCAGGGCUACAGUGAAGUGGUCCUCAACACCAGCAUACUGCAGUACUCUGCCCUGGCCCUUUACCAGCGCCUCGGCUUCCAGAACACCAGCCAGUUUUUCUACUCCAUAAGCUAUAAGCUACUUGCUCUACCUUUCAUUCAAUUUACCUACCGCCUCCCUUCUGCUCAGGUCCCUCAGGCACUGGAGCAGGGAGGGAGCCUGUAAUCUGUUUCCUUGUGGAUUAGUUAGGAGGGAUCAGCUCUGCUGCAGUAACAAGCAAGCCCUGAAGUCUCACUGUGAUGGCACAGUAAAAGCUUACCACUUGUUUGCACUGGAACCCAAUGGAGUUGGUGGUGGGGUGGCUCUGUUCCAUUGUCUCUUGGGGAUGCUACUGUUUCAUUUAUCUAGUGCCAUGAGAAUGUUGCAUAACAAACAAUCACAAAAUAGUGAUAAACAUUUUUUUUAGCUCGUGAGUCUGUGGGUCAGCAGCUUAGGCUGAGCUUGGCUGGGCUGCCCCUUUGGUCUCCAGGUGUCAUGUCAGGGGACCCCGCCUCUUCAGUGAGAUGAAACGCAAAGUCAUGUGGAAAGGGCAUGGAGAAGGAGUGUGAGAAGAAUCCACGUGAGAAGGAUUGGGACCAAUGAUGCCAUCAAUCUACUAUGGCCCGCAAGGUCAGUGCUGAAGGGGAUGAAGUCAGCCAGGGACAGAGUGUGGGAUUUUGGCAUGGACUAGACUUAGAAGUGGUGCAACCCACAUCCCAUUGGCCAGGACCAGGUCAUGAUUUAAAUCAAGCUUCUGUUGCCUC